CAUUUUUAAUAAGAAAAUCAUUGAUGACUAUAACGCUACCCAUUAAACAAGGCCUUAUCCUUUUCCAGAAUGGCWAAAGCUUCGUCCAUUGACUAUACAUCAGACUCUCCAAGUGCUCCACUGUAYACUGAUUUUCAUACCGUCUCAAUCACCACGCCAACUAAAGACUAUUCUACCUACGAUAUAAUCACUGAAGUUCAUCCUGUCAAAUUGAAAAACGUCUCUCUUUAUUAUGAUACUCGAUGCCACGUUAAUUGGUCUACCACAAAUCCAUGCUCUUCAUGUCAUACAGCACAUUCCAAGUUUACCUUAUGCCUUCCACCUCUUUUCGACCUGUCUACAAUCCRCUUUCUAUUYAGUUACAUCAACGAUCCUACAGUUCACCCUCRACRUCCCUUGGAUCGAAUUGCUUUGGUUAGGUUGGCUGGAUAUCUSMUGAUUGAUUCCGUUUGGUUGGCUCGUCUCCUUCGUACCGUUAAAAACACUAUUUUCUUUGCUAAAUAUUCCCAACAUUGCGCAUUUAUUUUUGAGUUAUAUCGUAAUGGGUACACAAGAAUUGCUCGCGCUUAUGCUACGCCUGACGAAUUUAGUUAUCUUAAAGUUUACCGCAACUCUAAGAGGUUUUCUCARGCCUGUCGCACCCUGGAACGUCGAUGGUUGAGACUUAAGCAACCACUAGCUCUUAAGAGGUCCCCAUCGAUGGAUAGGCUUGAGGAAUACAUCUCUUCUUGUUGCAAAUUCCGUCCGGCACUUUCCCAAACAGAAAAGAAGGGGUCAGAGACAUGAUCUUGCAUUAAGCAUCAUGGCUGUGGCGGCCUCGCCCUCUGUGUUUGCGCUCUGCAAGUAACCUUUUGAUCACACUUCUUCUCUGUUUGUUUUUUUUUAUAUAUAGAACGAAUUUCACUAUACCACGUUCAAGACUGCAAGACUAUGGAGCCAUGCAAGAAAUGUCAACAAAUACAAUCGCCGCACGAGCCCAAUCCGUGCGGAAAGUUAUAUUGCUGCCAAGCACAUAUUCAUGAACUAUGUCUUAUCUAUUGGUUCGCCAAUUCAAAUUCACACACGUGUCCGUUUUGCAACAAAGCCAUCAAGCCUGUACAGAUAGACGAGCCUAUGCCCGACUAUAACAGUCAAGGGCCCUAUCCGUUUAAAUUUACACAUUAUCAUUAUAACCCGACCAUCAGACUUCGUGUAUUGUUCGCUAAAGCGGCCAUGGCCGAUUGGGGCGUAACGCUCCACGGCCCAUUUUAAGUUAUAAUCAAUCACACACACACAAUAAGCACACAUAUAAUCCCCUGUGCCUACUGUGUUCCGUUGUAAUCAUAUUUACUCUCAUAACAUUCCUAUAUUCACAUAACCUAUCUGUAUACAUAUUUAUCAUUGGGUUUGUGCUAGUGCUGUUGUACUAGUACAUUAAAAAAAAAAGAAGUAUUAUCUUAUCUCCGUUUGUUAUUCUUUUUCCUUUGUUAUGUUAAUAUAUUAGAAAUGGCUGAUACACUGAUAAAAUGUUCUAGCCCUUUAGAUCCAGCAAUAUGCAGCUUCCAAGUUAUCUGUUCUGGAUAUUUCUUGCCGGAACACCGACGUUUGCCGUACCUCCAUUUGAACGUUUGGAUCCCGUUAAUGACCAAAUCAGAUUCUACCCACAAGCUAUGAUGAUCGCUCGAAAACCGCGACCCCUCAUCUUCUAUAAUGACACUAAAAUCGUUCACCUCCGCGUUAACCUUCCCGCUAUCAAACUAGCAAAGAUAUCAUCCCACGUGAAGCCCUGUUUCACCAAUGACCUUUUUCCUGACGUCGCUGAUUACCUUCUCCAAAGACUUCAAGAAUUAGAAACUCUUAUUCAACGACUAGGCUCACUCGAAGGACUUACUAACCUAAUUCAGUGUGACCUCUACCUCAAACGCUACUUCAACGCAGAGACCAACUUAAAGCCAAAGAUGAACUGCCCUCUUGCCUUUAACGCUAGCCUUGCUCAUUGCAAAGCAUGGGCUUUAGAGCGCUGUGAUCACAUCUCUCCUCACGAAGAAACCUGGUUAAAAGGAAAAGCUCGACGCAGAAGAAGCACGAAUAUCCUCUGCCAUGCUGGUUUGUUUGGAAUUCCUCGUGCCAUUUACGAAGCGACGGGAGGUGAUUGUGAACCUAAUAAAGUUUCUAACUUAAAGAGUACUCUUAACAAAAUGGCCGAURCCAUGGAAGACYUMCAAAGUCUGGUUCGAGUUGUUAAUGGUAAGACUGUAUAUCUCAUCAAAGUCACAGGUGCCCUUCGCACGCGUUUAAACCAACACGGAAAAAACAUUCAUACCAUUCAYAAAACCYUACAAGCAUGGMAGUACAUCAUCGAGAAACAAAUACGMACYCUCUCUUGUCGAGUUAAUCAAGAUAAACCUCUCUUUAUUACCCUUGUUGCACAGAUUCAUAAAAUCUUUGCCCAGCUUAUCCGUUUUUUGGAAAAUGAUGACAUAAUACACCAGCUCUUCCACCUUAAAGACCUCAAAAUUUUUGGCUAUACUGCCCUUCCCCAGAUCCUCGCAAAAGAAAUUUCACAACAGUUAUCAAGUGACUCAAAUAUGRAAAACACUGAACUCGCAUUGAAAUCUGGAUUUUCUUUGCUUAUUAACCCUAUGAUUGAUUAUGUUUACACUGAUAAAGGUYUACAUGUUAACAUUUUAYUAACYUUGCCUGAAAUUGGAGCUCAGCAUUCCAUGUGCGCAGUAGAAUACCUUGAACCCGUUGUCUACAACAUCUCUGGACAAUGUUACUCCGGACCAAUUGAUCAAGAUAAUUUAGCUUUAAUUACUUGUGCUGAUUCUCGCUCCAUUGUUCGAGUAGACACUCUUGCAAAAUGUUUUCAAGACAACCACAAUUUUGUUUGCCCAUCCCAAGUUCUUCGUCAAGUCACUUCAGUUGAUUGGCUAGGCUUACCAUGGAACCGGUAUACAAAGCUUCCAUUUGCCCGCACGCAUCAAAAGAUUGAUGAUUGUUCAUCCUUAUACCCUUUGCUUCAUCUCGGAGGUCGAUAUUAUUUAUCUACCACUUCCACAAAAAUGACUUUUCAGAAUACCACAAAUGAACUAACAUUAMAACUUUCUCCUUUGAUUAUUUAUAAUUUCCCGUGCACUGUUAAACUUCCAGAGGCAGGAAUUGAYGACUGCCCUGAACAUUUAGAACUCCACGUUCCCAUCAUGACAGUAGAAAAUUUCAAAUAUCACCAAUGGAAACCAGGUUCCGACAAAACUCUCAUUGAUCURCAUCUGAAGUCAAUCACUACACUCCCUCCGCUGAAGUUCAACAAAACCAUCCUGGAGAACUUAGAUAAAACGUAYAACCUACUUGAUGCUCGCCUUACUCGCCGMUUGUCUUCUAUCCGCGAAAGCAUUGCUAAGAUUCAAGCCACUUGGGAAACCACUACAACCGAAAUUCUCGUUUACAUCGCCCUACCGUUG